UAAAAACACAAUACUAAUGUUGGCCAAUCACAGAGUAGCGCACCACGCAUUUGCGCCUUUCUGUCCAACCGCACCGUAGUGUACGAGAGAUAAAUCAUUAGGGGGGAAAACGUCAUAAUCACUGCACGACGCAUUCUCUGUUGUCAGGGUUAUUCAAAUAUGACAUCACACAAGUAGACCAGCAUCUCCAAACUAUCUCGCAACGGUAAGCAGCGGUGUUGGGCGACCACCAUUUUUUUUUGGGUUGCUGAACAGGCAGCUUUUAAUCUCACAGUUGCUCAUCUGUUGGACAGUUAGGUCAGUAUUUUCUCGUUGUUAGUGUUACAUCUCGGAACUUUCCAAUAUGUUUAGCUUCACCAGUCUUGCCGCCACGUCCGUUGCAUGCGGUCUAAGCACGGUUUUGAAGAAACACGAUCUGCUGAGUCCCCUGACUUUGCAUGCUGCUGACAACAAAGAGCCUUGUUACGUUGGCGAUGUUAUCAAGAAGAGAGUCGGCUUUCCUCAGCCAACUGCCUGCUGCAAACCUCUGAGGUUCAAGGACUUUAUCGUUUCAUAUGACUCGAAGAACAGAAUCCCCAACUGGGUCUACGAACACCUUCAGUAUGACAAACUCUUCAAGGAUGAUCCUUGUGACAGGAGAGUCAAAGUCGAGAGAACACAAUGUGCCAGGUAAGAACUGAUGAUUUUUGUUAACUUGUAAUGUAAUUUCUUUCAAUCCUAUGACCUAAUAUCAACCUUCAUUCAACGGCCUAAGAUUAAUUGUAGUCAAGGUGCUCACUGAACGAAAACUUGCAUGUACUAAUCUAGUUGGAAUAAUUCUUAAUGUACGAAGCAUUUAACUAUUUUGUUUCCCCAAUAUCACUAAAUCACCCAUUUCCUAAAAUUCUAAAGGUCACUCAUAAAUCAAAGUACCGUUUCCUAAACAUUUGACUGGCUUUAAAAUAUUCUUUAUAUUUGUUACGUCCUGUGUUUUCUUUUAAAAUUUGCUAUAGCUCAUUUUUCAAACCUUUAUAACUUUAAAAAAUAUGACUUAUUUUGCUGCAAGGACAAAAUUAGCCAACCCAGCUCUAUAGUAACCGUUGCUAAGGAAGCCCGCGAGUAAUGGUUAGCUACUAUGUCAUCAUGCGCAUGCUUUUCUAAUGUUAAACGCAAUAGUAGAAUCUAAAGCUAAUAUUCGUAUGGCUAUUUUCCUUUCUUUAUUCAAUGUGACUUGGAUUUAUUAACAAAUCUGGAACUUCAAAUCAGACUUGUGAAUGACGUCAUUUUACCGGAUGCAACAGCACCGGAUGUAGCAACAUACUUGAAGUUGCUAUUGGUUUUGAAUUCUCUAGUUCUGGACAAAACAAUUAUCAAAAUGUUAUUUUGUUCAUUAUCAGUAAUCAACUGAAUCAUCUUUUAAAAAAAAUAUGGCAAAAUGAACAUUUGAUGGUCUAUAAGUCAAAUUUUACACUGAUUGCAACUCGGCUGUUUAUAAAUACUUAUAAAUACUAAGUCAAGCUUUUUCAUGAUGUGACAAGCUACUACUAGUUCUACUAGACUACUACUUGAUAAACUACUCACAGAACUUGACUGUCACAUUUUUAGUGUCAUAAAACUCAUUAAAUACGACAUUCGUUGACAAUGUACAGUUUUUCUCAGAUACUUUUCUUUAAAUUGAAUAAGAUGUUGUAAAGUUGACGUCUGUUACCAAGGAAACUAUAACUAAAUGGCCAUAUUUAAAACUGGCAUGAACAAUUAUACAAUACUACUACUACUACUACUACUACUACUAACGAUUCAGUCAGAGAAAAUGCCUUCUGUUUACAAAUAAGGAACAUAGCUUUAACCAUGGCUUGAUAAAACAAAGGACUUGGUGCAUCUGACUUUGUUAGGCUACUAAAUCUCUGUGUUGCCAAUAACUGCAGAAAGCAAGUUUUUCAUUACCUACCUGUCAAAUAAUUAUCAUCUCAUAGUAUCACAUAUCUUACAGUCAUUGGGUUUUAACCUUUCUCCUCCAUCUAGUAGAAAGCUGUUAAGCAAUAAGCCAAGCAAGAUCUUUUAUUAUUAAACAAUACUUAAUCUAGUUUUAGAAGGUUACAAUGUGCUUUUCAAACUCUUUCAGCAAUGAAGAUAAAGAGAGGCCAAAGUUCACCCCUGAUUGUCGCAUUCAUGGUUACCAUCGGGCAGAUGCCAAAGAUUAUUGCGAUACUGAGUAUGAGAUGGGCUUAAUGGCACAGCCUGAGAACUACCCAUAUGAUCCUGAAUCUUUCUGCGAAUGUUUCACAAUGACAAACAUUGUCCCACAGGUAAAGUUUUAGCAUCCUUAUUCAGGAAAUAACCUGAAAUGUUUUAGAUUUAUUUUUAAAAAAUCAAGAUGUCUCCUAAUUAUUAAUGACCAAUUCAUGAAUUUAAGUUUUCUAAUAUGGUCUAGGUAAGAUUUAUUAAUGAAACUUUCUCAUCUGUCUAGGUACCAGGGUUCAACUGCGGACCAUGGUUUGAUCUGGAGUGCUACGUUCGUGAGAAAUUGGUGAGGGAAAACAAAGGGGUGUAUGUUUGCUCAGGUCCAUUAUUCCUGCCAAUGUAAGUGUGCAAUCUUUUCUUUUUCAUUAUUUAAAUUAUAAUUAAAACGUUUCCAUCAUAAAAUGGUAAUCAAAUGGCUUCAACUUUCAUUAUACCUUGUGGGAUCAGUCAAAAGCAGGAGACCACCAGUGUUCUAAAGAUGUUCUGGGCCUAAAAUAAUAUGCCACAUUACUGAUCUGUUAUUUGAAAUUUCUUACUCUCUUUCAUAUGUCUGAUCUCAGUUUUGUGAGUCAUGAAACAAAAUGAAACCUUCUUUUAAAAUAUACUUUAUAUUUACAGCGUGGAUGACGACAAGACUGUCAAGCAGUUCGACGUUCUUGGUGAUGGUGAAGUUUCUGUACCUACUCACUUCUUUAAGGUAACCAUAUUAGUUAUAAAAUUCUUAACGCUGUACAUCUACCUUUUUUUAAAUUUCUAAUCUUACAUGACUGUUAUAAAAAGGUUUUGUUAUAAUUAGUUUAACACUAUUGAAGAUUCUUUCUGGACAUGUGAUUUCUCCUAUUUAAAUGAAAAUCCAUUCUGCAAUACAUUCUUAAUUGUAUUUAACAUUUUUCACUUCCAUUUUCUUAACAGGUCAUUGUUAUUGAAACUCACGAUGGUCAACUCGAGCUAGAGUCAUACAUGAUGCCAAACGCCACCCCAGAAGAAGGUGAAGAGGUCAAACUCGAGGACUUCCUGACCCCACUGUGCCAGAUUGAGCAUCAUUCAGGCCUUAUCUUCUUCCCAGAGAAGAAAUGCUUCAGCAGUAACAACAGGAGGAGAGGUGCCAGGCUGCACGCCCUUUAAAUGAAGAAUCCCUGGGUGACAUCAUUUAGAAGAACAAACUUUUAUAGUUUUACAACAGGCCUCAUUCUACAAGGAUAUUAUCCUGGAAAAUCCAAGGGCCGAAUUUCUUCAAUUUUACAGUCCAUUAGAAAUGGUUCUCCUUUGCUCCCACCAUACACUUAACUUCCAUGGCAUUCGUCACUAUCACAGCUGUGGAAAUACAAAGCUAUAUUAAUAUAACUUCUGGAAUUCUACCAUGUUGGAUUUAAAAAGUUCAUCAUGGAGCCUAUUAAUUCCUGAAAAUAUUUGAGUGUGAUCAAACCAGAGAUGACACCUCAAAAUUUUAUCCCAAAGACCAUUGGUAAUGAGCGAAAAAAAAAAGGGUAGUGCAGUUCUUAGACAUCCCAGUAGUACAAUGGCUGUCUAGUAAUGUCCAACCUAUGAGUGCUUUCACAUUAUCACUCUAACAUCACAUCACCAUAUGAUAAAAAUAAACGCUAUCAAGAAACGUGCCAACGUACACAUCUCUAUCAUCUGAAUCAACGAAACAUCACCAUAAUGUAACAUCAGUUUCAUUGAUUAGCUGUCUUCCACAAGAACUGUUAAAAUGGAUCAAUAGCUUAUGAACUACUGUAUUGGCAUUUGCAAUAAAAAAAAAUAUUCUUCACUUUUUCUCUCUCGCCCUAACUGCUUCAGUCAACUUGUAUGUUGCCUACCAGCCUGAUUGGAAUGGUCUGUCAGUGUAAAAAAUUUAUUUGAUACAAAUUUUUUUUACACAUUUUAUAUGAAUGAACCAAAUACAUAUUGAUAAUAUGUUCAUGAUACAUAUUAGCAUUUUGACAUCUUUUAACAUAUUUUUUUCAAUUUGAGAUUGGGGGAGAAAGGGUGAGAAAGGAAUCAAGAAUGUUUGUAAAACAGAACAGGAACUAAUUAUACAAAAAUGAAAUGCCAAAUAGAAAUUAAACUUUUAUUUCAUAAUAUAAAAAGUGUAAAGUCUCUGAAAAUAUAUAUACACACAAAAUACUUGAAAUAUAAUUAUUGAAAAUUGUAAACCAUUUGAAAAGGCUCCAGCACUGAAUGCCCUCAUUUGAAAAAUAAAUUUGAAUGCAAUGAUGAAAUAAACUUGAUCAUUCCUAAAUUCAUGACAUCACACUUUUUGAAAAUGGUUUAUGGAACAGUUAAACUUGACAGG